UCACAAACCUCAACAAGCCUCUCCCCUCCUCCCCCAUCCCAUCCCAGUCAGCCAAACGCCCGUGACUUCGUCCGCGGACCUUGCCUCGCUCUUCGAUUCCCGCUCCGAUCUCCGGCCAUGGCCGCGCGGCGCCCCGGAUCCCCUGCCCCCAGAUGCCUGCCCCCCUCCGCGCUCCUCCUCCUGGCUGCCGUCCUCUUCGCGUCCUCGCCGUCGGCGCGCGCCCUCCGGUUCGACCUCGAGUCCGGCCACACCAAGUGCAUCUCCGACGAGAUCAAGGUCGACUCCAUGGCCGUCGGCAAGUACAGCGUCGUCGGCCCCGACCCCAGCUACCCCGACGCCCAGCUCCCCGAUUCGCACCGCGUCUCCCUCAGGGUGACGUCGCCGUACGGGAACAGCAUGCACUACUCCGAGAACGUGCAGUCGGGGCACUUCGCCUUCACGGCUGUUGAGGCCGGGGACUACCUGGCCUGCUUCUGGGCGCCUGACCACAAGCCACCCGUCACCGUCACCUUCGAGUUCGACUGGAAGAGCGGCGUCACGGCCAAGGACUGGUCCAACGUCGCCAAGAAGGGCAAGGUCGAUAUGAUGGAACUAGAGCUGAAGAAGCUAGAGGAUACCAUCAAAGCUAUCCAUGAAGAAAUGUUUUAUCUACGCGAAAGGGAGGAGGAAAUGCAGAACAUCAACAGGCAGACAAACUCGAGGAUGGGGUGGCUGAGUUUCCUCUCGCUUGGCAUCUGCUUGUCCGUGGCAGGGCUGCAGCUGUGGCAUCUGAAGACCUUUUUCGAGAGAAAGAAGCUGCUGUAGUUUUCCCAAUGAUCACAAACAAAUCGUUGCGAAUUAGGGUAUAUUGUUUCUGCCAGCUAUUAACUUAUGUUUCCGAGCGAAUACUCGAACCUUCAUUAAGAAACCAUGGUCGUCAUACUUGUGAAAUGCCUUUCUCUGCCCUAGCUUCUGUCCAAUGAAAUACAGUUGUAAAAUGUUUCCUCUUUUUGAUGAUUUCAUAUGAUGUAA